AUGAACAAAACAUUAACUGCUUUACGAGUUUCCAGGUUAUAUGAGAGUUCUCCUUUCCUUAAUAUUCAAGCUGGAAGAUCCAAUUCCUUUUUCACAUUAUCAAAUUCACACUUUUCCCAUUCAUUCAAAUCAGCUCUGUUUUCAACAAACACGCCGAGAACACUUCUUAUCCAAACAUCCAAAUUCAGAAAAUUCCUCAGCUGUGCAGUAGAAAUUAACUCAUUUAACCUUACUGGACAGACAAGAAACAGACAUUCAGAAUUUGAUCACGAUUUGUGUCAAAUUACACGCUGUUUAUUCGUUGAAUGCAUUAAUAGAGGUGAUGGCGGUGCUAUUAAAUAUCUUCGUGAAAAUGGAUUUUUCCAAUGUUAUGAAACGAUUAUUGAUCGUGCAGAAGCUGCUGAUAAUGGUGGUGCUCUCUUUUUACAACCAGAAAAGUUCCCUCUUAUUCGCUGCUGCAUUGACCAUUGCAAAGCUGAAAAUGCUGGUCAAACUUUUCAGAUCCUUCCUAAAGAAGAUUUCCCAGAUGAUAUUAACUAUACGACAUCCUCUGCAUGUGCACCAGCCUUAUUCGGCUCCAUUCAGUACAACCUCCAUCACAGUGGCGGUGGUGGACAAUAUUCAAACUCAAACAUCUCGCGCGGACUUUGUUCUCGUGGCGGCGCAGCUUUGGCAUGCUUCCGUACAAAUAAUCACCUCAUUCGCUAUACUCAUUUCGUUUCUUGCACCGGUGGUUCGAUUAUUUCUCUUGAAUUCGGUCGUGAACCAACAACAAUCGACAAAUGCAACAUCAUUAACAAUACCCAUAUGCUCACACAGAUUUUAACCUUCAGCCAAGCAACAACUCUCAAGUUUUGCUUUAUCCUCAAAAAUACAAAACCAUUUUCACGUCCUAUUGUCACAGGUCGUAAGCACUCUCUCGAAUUAUCCGAUUGUACAUACGAUGCCCUUGGUUUGGACAGCAAAGCCGGCAUUAUUGCUAAUAAUGGUCAUAACUACGAAGGUGAAGAGACCACAAUCCCAUUCGAAGAUGCUAAUCAGAUCUUCUGCGUUCAAAGACGUAAGCCAAUGGUCAACCCUUUUGAGAAUUUCUCAUAUAUAUUCUUCUUCAUCGCCGUUUUCGGAAUAAUAUUCGUCCACAUGUCAUUCAUUCACCCUCAGGCUCUUAGUGACCUCUAUAUUCACAUGUUCUUCGAUACGGACAAAGAAUCAAGAAGAAGACGCGCACACGCAGUCCAAUCUAUAUAA